AUGUCGACCCGCAAGCGGCGCGCCCCGGGCGCGUCACCCCAAGCCCCAUCUCAGACGUACCAGCAGGAUAUCCCUACACCGAACGACGCAUACAUGAACUGGAACGACCCCGCAAUGAGCACGGACUUGAGCGGCUUCGACGACCCAUCGCUGUACGAUACAUAUGGUGCGGGCAUGACAGCAGCAGGAGGAGGAGGAGGGCACAACCGAGUAGUGUCGCUAGAAGAUGGCGCGGCAGAUAUGAACAUGGGACAACAACUAGUACGGCGGAACCCGAAUCAGCAACUCGCGCCUGCGCCGCGCCGUAAUCAGUGGGAUGGAUACCCUAGUCCGUCACCGCAAUGGGAGGCUGUGGACGAUAUUGAGGAACUGGAACAGAAGGCUGCGGUUGCCAAGAAAGACGCACAAUUGAAACGGAAGCAGAUUCCGCCUUUUGUCCAGAAGUUGAGCAGUUUCCUCGAUAACAACAAGAACGAGAAUCUCAUUCGCUGGUCAGACGACGGUAAUUCCUUCAUAGUGCUGGACGAGGACGAGUUUGCCCGGACACUGAUUCCCGAGCUUUUCAAACACAACAACUAUGCAUCGUUUGUGCGACAGUUGAAUAUGUACGGCUUCCACAAGAAGGUUGGUUUGUCGGACAACUCCAUGAAGGCGAGUGAGACCAAGGCGAAAGCACCCAGCGAAUAUUUCAACAAAUAUUUCAAGCGCGGUCGACCGGAGUUAUUAUGGCUGAUACAAAAACCGAAGAACCCCACCGCUGGCCCCAAGCGGAAGCGAGAAGAUGAGGGCAAAGGCGACAGUGACGAUGAACGCAAGUACGUGCAAGAUACUGGCGGUGGAGGCUACGUUGAAGAGUUGGCUGUGAGAGGAAACGAGCAGAUGGCCAUGAUCCCGCGAUCGGAGUACAACAGCCUGCGCGUCGAAGUACGGGAACUACAGCAGCAGCAGAAACUAAUAUCGAAUGUGUUGACUCAGAUCAAGCGACAGAACGAAGAGCUGUAUUCACGCGCAACUUCAUUUCAAGCGCUGCACGACCGCCAUGAGAAUUCGAUCAACGCGAUUCUUACCUUCUUGGCUACCUUCUACAAUCGGAGUCUUGAGGGUAACGCGAAUGGCAUGAAUCUUGCUGAUAUGUUUCCCGCGGCACGGCAGCAACCUCACGGAAACGUCGUGGAUGUGGAUGACUUCCCACCACCAGAGCCCAACAAGUCACCGAUGCUCCAGAGGAGUAAGCGACCUCUCGCCAUCCUUCCAGCUCCACCGACUACCCAACAAGACUUGCUCUCGCCGAUGGUUACUGGCCGGGCCACGACCAUGAGUCCUACUACUAGGCCCAUCCCAAGCCCCAUCACACGACCUGGGAGCAGGCAAUCUGCAUUCAAGCCUUCGAUACCACCACGGCAGCAGUCCGCCUAUCCCGUUUCGCAAGGGAAAGACGAUUUAUCCUCUCUACCGCUCAAGGUUGAAUCACCGUCGACCCUAAGCCCACUUCCAGAGAACGAUGCGAUCAUGUCCGCCAUCCAGAAUGCCAACGCCAACGCAGGUCAAACCAGCCAAGCACCGCAGUUUGACUAUGCAGCCGCAUUGUCAAAUUACCAGACACAGGACGGCAAUGUGCCGCUGACCGCGCAACAACGUAACGAUGCGCUAUCAGUCAUCGCAAACAACAUCUCCGCUCAAAACACCAACAACGCUCUCACGAACCCCGACCCUCCGGAGAUGAGCAACUUGAUCAACGACCUCGUCCAAUACCAAGCGACACAACAACAGCUUGAACUGCUACAGAAAAUGUCGGAUCAGCAGAAUGCGCGUGUCCAGAGAAUCCAGGAGCGCAUUCAACCGCUCAGUCCGAGCGGUCAGAUCCCUGGAAUGGAGGAUACGUCGUACUUUGGAAAUACCGGAAUAGGUGAACCAGGGCAGUAUGACCUUGACUUCGACGCUCUCGUACAGGACCAAGACUAUUUCCCCAAUAACAAUAAUAACAACGUCACGACACAAGCCAACGGAAACAAUAAUGUAGCGAAUGGCCUACCAGAUUUCAACUUCGACACUCCAUCAGCGGGGUUUGACGGUACGAGCGCUGACGCGUUCAACUUCAACCCAGGUGUGGGCGAAGAUGAUAGCCAUCUACAUGUUGCUGUUGACGAUGGGGUAACAGAGAACAGGAUCGAGAGCCUAGGAUCGAGCAAUGCCACGUCUCCAGCCGCAACAGUGGAGGAAGUCGAGGACGAGACAAGGCGGCGACGCAGCCCGAAGCGGAGGAAGAAGUGA